AUGGCAAUGUUUAGAACUCCUAUAAAGGGCGCAGAUACGGAGAUGGAGCCCACAAAGCCGGAAAGGAUAAACCCACGCCCAUCAGUGAGGAGCAGCAUUGGGGAAUGGGAGCUGGGCCGGACCUUCCACCUGUCACCAAACCCACAGUCAGCGGAGCCCGCGAGGGCGGACGCGACAUCGAAACCAGCUCCCGCGACCCUCCCGGCGCCUGCCAUGGGUACAAAUAGCACGCAAAAACAUUCACAGGCUGGCCCCCCUAAGACCAAAACAGCCUUGUUCCCAAAAACCGCAGAGGCCAGACGACUGUUGGAAACAGCAAAGAGUCAAAUGGAUAAGUCCGGGAACAUAAAAAGAGAAAUAAAAGCCUCAGUAAAUGAGGUUAUAGAGAAACUAUACAGGCUGGUGAAGGAAGUGGAACAGGAGAAGAAACGCUUGGAGAAACCGCAGCCCUGUUCUACUGAACAGACCUCCAAACAAAACACACCUCCGACCCCAAGCCCAAAACCUGACCAAGAACUAGACCAACAGAUGUGCGCGCAGAAUAUAAAAGAAAAUUCAAAUCUGCUGAUUGAAAACAACAAGAUGAUGAAAGACCUAAAGGAAGAGAUGAAGAAACAAGGAGAAAAAAUUGAAAAAAUGUCUGCGAUGGGAAUAACCUACGCUAGCGAAGCAGAAGCUGUGAAGCAAAAAGAACAUAUAACAAAAAUGGACGAGCUAAAAGAAGCACUAGAGCACCACAGAGAGAGCCUAAAGAGCAACACUUACGCGAGUGCAGUGGCGAGCCGCCCCGACCAAGUGGCCCCUGGGCGGCCGACGCUGCACUCGGUAGUGAUUUCCUCAGAAGACGACCUUGAAACAGGAGAAGAGGUGCUCGAGAAAGUGCGGAAGGCUAUGGACGCAAAAGAAGGAUGGAUACAGGUAGAAAGAGUGAGGAAGGCAAAAGAUAGGAAGAUAGUAAUGGGAUGCAGGACUCAAGAGGAACGGAGAAAGAUAAAGGAAAAGCUAGAAGCAGCAGGAGCGCACCUGGUCGUUGAGGAAGUGGAAAAUAAAAACCCGCUAAUUGUUUUGAGGGAUGUGUUAUUGAUACACAGCGAUGAAGAUAUCUUAAAGGCCCUCAAAAACCAAAACGGGGAGAUUUUCCACGAUCUCGAUGACGAGGAAAGCAAGAUGGCUGUAAAAUAUAGAAGGAGAGCGCGAAACCCCCAUACCGGGCAUAUCGUUCUAAGCGUCUCCCCAAAGGUCUGGAGGAGAGCAACAGAGGGUAAUAGAGUGCGAAUAGAUCUGCAGAGUGUCAGGGUAGAAGACCAGUCCCCCCUGGUGCAGUGCACCCGAUGCCUAGGCUACGGGCAUGGAAGACGCCUCUGCAAGGAGACAAAUGACCUAUGUAGCCACUGCGGAGACCCGCACCUCAAGAUCGAAUGCCCAAACUGGACGCUGAACGAACCACCAUCCUGCCAGAACUGCAAAAAGGCGAAGAUGGAACGCUGGGACCACAACGCCUUUAGCACAGACUGCCCGUGGCUUACCAUUGCUGAGGGCACCAUAAAGGUACAAGCGCCCUAUCGGGUAGCGCAGGCAAACCUCCAGAGAAAGAAACUAGCCACGAACGAGUUACUUGUGGAAGCGGAAAGGCGGAACAUAGCCCUUGCGCUUCUACAGGAACCCUACGUAGGGGCCGGUAAAGAAAUGAGAAACCACAAGGGAGUGAGAAUCUACCAGAGCGACGGCACUGAAGAGGGAGUUGUAAAGGCUGCAAUAGCCAUAUUCGAUGACGAUCUCAAUGUUGAACAAUACCCAAAACUCACCACAAACAACAUUGUGGUGGUGGGGAUCAGCACCGUCGCCUGGAGGAUUACACUCGUGUCCAUUUACUUCGAGCCAGACCAGCCCAUUGAACCCUACUUGGAGCAACUAUCGAAAAUAAGAAAAGAAAUAGACUCGAACAAGUGGAUAAUAGGAGGUGACGCCAACGCAAAAAGUGUAUGGUGGGGUAGCCCACAGACGGACCAUAGGGGUGAAGAUCUGAUGGGAACCCUCAAUGAGCUCAACCUUAACGUGCUCAAUAUGGGAAACAUCCCGACCUUCGAUACCGUGAGGGGAGACAGGCGCUUUAGCAGCUUCGUUGACAUAACAGCCUGCUCAGCGGAGAUGCUGGACCUAGUAGAUGACUGGAAGGUCGACGAGGGACUCACGAGUUCGGACCACAAUGGAAUUCUCUUUAAAAUUCAUAUCAAAAAAUCAAUAGGUAUCAAAAUACAAAGAACCACCAGAUUAUACAAUACCAAAAAAGCAAAUUGGACCGAAUUUCAUGAGAAACUCGGACAAUUAAUGCAAGAAAACCACUUAACAAAACCAGAAAUAGAAGAAAUAGACACAAAAGAAAAAAUCGAAGAAACAGUAAAUAAAAUAACGCAAGUAAUAACACAAAUAUGUAAGACCUCAAUACCACAAAAGAAAAAUAAAGAGAAUCUCAAACUACCGUGGUGGUCAUCCGAACUCGAAGAAAUGAAGCGAAUAGUCACUACUAGAAAGCGCAGAAUCCGCUGCGCAGCCCCAGUAAGAAGAGAGAGGGUCGUGAAAGAGUACCUCGAAGCAAAGGAACAAUACGAAAUUCGAGCAGCAAAAGCUCAAGUCGAGAGUUGGAAAGACUUCUGCAAAAAGCAGGAUAAGGAAGGGCUCUGGGAGGGUAUAUACAGGGUUAUAGGCAGAGUCACAAAAAGGGUGGAGGACGUACCUCUGGAAAAAAAUGGCGAAACCCUUAGUGCAAAAGAGUCGGUGAAGUUGCUGGCGGAGACCUUUUACCCAGAGGACUCUGCUAACAGUGAUAACGCCCAGCACAGGCAAAUCCGUAUGAGGGCGGCCGAAGUGAAUGAUGGCGAACAAAAUGGAAUUUGCGAACCACCCUUCACGAUGGCUGAACUUGUAUGGUCGUGCGAGUCGUUUAACCCGAAAAAGGCACCAGGCGCGGAAGGUUUCACGGCCGAUAUAUGCUGCCACGCCAUUCGAGUAAACCCAGAAAUGUUCCUCACCCUGCUAAACAAAUGCCUUAGCCAUCGGUAUUUCCCUAGGAUAUGGAAGGAGGCAACGGUGGUAGUCCUCAGGAAACCGGGAAAGGACAACUACACAAACCCCAAGUCACAUAGGCCGAUAGGAUUGCUGCCAAUCUUCGGAAAGAUCCUGGAGAAGAUGCUGGUGGCCAGGCUAAAGUUCCACCUGAUACCGAGGACCAGCACCUGCCAGUACGGAUUCAUGCCGCAGCGCAGUACGGAGGACUCCCUCUACACCCUUAUGCAGAGAAUCAACAAAAAACUAGGUGAAAAGAAGAUCGUCACGCUAAUCUCACUGGAUAUAGAGGGUGCCUUUGACAGCGCAUGGUGGCCUGCCAUCAGAGUCCGGUUGGCCGAGGAAAACUGCCCCGUUGGUCUGAGACAAAUGAUGGACAGUUACCUAAAGGACAGAAGCGUCACGGUAAGGUAUGCGGGUGAACAGCAUGGACUGGCGACCAGCAAAGGCUGUGUACAAGGGUCAAUAGCGGGUCCUAUCCUCUGGAAUCUGAUGUUGGACCCACUGCUCAAAAGUCUCCAAGCCAGGGGCGACUACUGCCAGGCGUUCGCGGACGACGUGGCACUUGUUGUGGACGGAAACACCGCAAUAGAAAUUGAGGCCAAGGCAAACUCCGCUCUCGAACACGCCCGGGAAUGGGGCAUCAGGAACAAAUUGAAGUUCGCACCGCACAAGACCAACGCAAUGCUCAUUACACGGAGACUAAAAUACGACACACCACGCUUGUGCAUGGGCGGAACUAAUAUAGAGAUGGUCAAAGAAAUAAAAAUGCUAGGUGUUGUCCUCGACAACAAGCUUACAUUCAACGCGCAUGUCUCGAACAUCUGCAAAAAGGCAGUGGGUAUCCACAAACAGCUCUCCAGGGCGGCAAAGGCAAGCUGGGGACUUCACCCCGAGGUUAUUAGGACCAUAUAUGUAGCAACAGUGGAGCCGGUAAUCCUGUACGCUGCAAGUGUAUGGGCCCCGGCCGCAACAAAAAUAAGUGUCCAGAAGCAACUGGCAGCGGUCCAACGAGGAAUAGCGCAGAAACUGUGCAAAGCAUACCGCACAGUCUCCCUCCACUCUGCGCUCAUCCUGGCUGGGAUUCUCCCAAUCGACCUCAGAGUUCGAGAGGCGGCCUCGCUAUACGAGGCCAAAAGAGGUGUCCCGCAGCCGGGUUUGGGUGACUGGGAAGUGGAGAGAAUGGCACCAGCCGCAGAAAUGCCUCAUCCUGCGGAGCGCGAAGAGCUGAAACUGAUAAGCCUGGUAGACCAAAACGACGUCCACAAUCACAGUAACUAUGAAGUGCGAAUUUACACAGACGGUAGUAAGAUAGGAGGAGGAGUCGGAGCCUCACUGUCUAUAUGGCGGGGGGAAGCUGAGACAAAAGCCCGAAAACUAACUCUACCUAAGUUCUGCACUGUCUACCAGGCGGAGCUCCUCGCAAUUUGUGUGGCAACAAGAGAAAUAAAAAACAGCAAAGCAAAUACGUUUGGGGUCUACAGCGACUCCAUGGCAGCCCUCCAAACCAUACAGAACUACAGUUGCCUCCACCCCCUAGCAGUAGAAGCGAGAGAUAAUAUAAGAACAAUAUCUCACCAAGGCAAGAUUAUCGCUUUGCAUUGGAUAAAAGCACAUGCAGGGCUGGAAGGUAACGAAAGGGCAGACGAACUUGCCAAGGGAGCAGCUGCGGACUCCAAACGUAAACGUGACUACGACCAAUGUCCGGUUUCAUUCGUGAAGCGAAACAUCCGUAUGGCCACGCUCGACGAGUGGAAUCGGAGAUACAUUGCAGGCGAAACGGGUUCGAUAACAAAGCUGUUCUUCCCGGAUGCGCUGGAAGCGUACAAAACGGUCCGCAAAAUCGAAUUCACGAGUCCAGUGACACAAUUAAUGACAGGGCAUGGUGGAUUCUCCGAGUACUUACAUAGAUUUAAGUGCAAGGAGGACCCAUCGUGCAUAUGUGAACCCGGCAGACCGGAAAGCAUUCCGCACCUAAUAGCGGAGUGCCCUCAGUUUGGCACACAGAGACACGAAAUAGAAAACAAAAUUGGGAAAGAAAUGAAAGUAGAAAAUAUCAGUGAAAUAAUGAAAGACAAGUAUAUUAGAGACACAUUCCUAGAAUAUUGUGGAAAAAUUAUAAAAAUAGUAAUAAAUAGAAAUAAGUAG